AUGCCGGCAUUUAAAUUUCUGCACGAGACACAUGCCGCUGUACAAAUACUAUAUCACAACGUGCAGAGUUUCCGGAAGCAUAGUAAGCAAACCGAGAACGAUCCAGUAUUCAGAACAAGUGAUGUAAUACUCCUCGGAGAGACCUGGACACUGACAAAGGAGCAAAUAUGUGUUACCGGAUUUCGACCACUAUCGCGUACUGAUUGCGCAGGGCCCGGUAGAAAAGCUGGAGAAAUCGGAGCAAUUGAUUGA